UAUGGUUGUUAACCUCCAUUAAUGGCGUCCAACAACUCCCCCUUCCUCCUUCGACCUCUCUUCUUUUCACCUGUAAUUUCGAAUACACACUGGAACCAAACCCUAACCCUAAUCCACAGCUGAUUUAAUUUGGGUCCUUAAUUAAUUAAUUGCUUCCACCCGUAAUUUCAAGCUCCACCUGUUGAUAUACAUUCCCCGAUUUCCCCCAAUUUCUGCACUCCGAGCUCCGGUCAUCUUCAUCAAUGGAGUUCCUACCUUUCCUGCUCUCCUCUGCGCUCUUUGCCGCUUCAAUUUUCGUGUUUUUUCUCUCCAGGAAGUCCCGCUCGAAGAAGCUCAACCUCCCGCCGGGGCCGCCGGGGCAGGCGGUGGUCGGAAACCUCUUCCAGGUGGCGCGCUCCGGGAAACCGUUUUUUCAGUACGUCAGGGAACUUAUCCCUCAGUACGGACCGAUUCUGACUCUCCGGAUGGGUCGCCGGACGAUGAUCGUGAUCAGCGGCGCCGAUUUGGCCUACGAGGCGUUGAUCGAGAAAGGGCAGAUUUUCGCGACCAGACCGCCGGAAAAUCCGACGAGGACCAUUUUUAGCAGCAACAAGUUUACGGUGAACGCGGCGGUGUACGGGCCGGUGUGGCGGUCGCUGCGGCGGAAUUUGGUGCAGAAUAUGCUCGGAGCGGCGAGGGUCCGGGAGUUCCGCGCCGCCCGCGCGGCGGCGAUGGAGAAGCUGGUGGAGAGAAUCGCCGCCGAGGCGGAGGCGAACGGCGGCUCUGUUUGGGUGCUGAAGAACGCGAGAUUCGCCGUAUUUUGUAUUCUUCUGGCGAUGUGCUUCGGCGUCGAAUUGGACGAGGAGACGAUCGAGGAAGUCGAUUUGAUGAUGAAGAAUGUUUUGAUUGUUCUCGAUCCCAGAUUGGAUGAUUUCCUGCCGUUGCUCCGCCCCUUCUUCGCCAAGCAGCGGCGGCGCGUGAUGGAGGUGCGCCGCCGGCAGAUCGAAACCCUAGUUCCCUUAAUUGAGCGCCGCCGCCGCGAAAUUAGGGAUUUGGGGUCGAAUCCGCCGCCGCCGGCGGCGAAGAUUGCGUCGUUUUCGUACCUCGAUACGCUGUUUGAUUUAAAAAUCGACGGCCGGAAGUCGGUGCCGUCGGACGCGGAGCUGGUGACGCUCUGCUCGGAGUUUCUCAACGGCGGUACGGACACCACCGGGACGGCGAUCGAGUGGGCGGUGGCGCGGCUGAUCGAGAAUCCGAAGAUCCAGACGCGCCUCCGCGACGAGAUCGUAGCCGCCGUGGGGGAGCGGCGCGUGGACGAGAAGGACGUGGAGAGAAUGCCGUAUUUAAACGCCGUCGUGAAGGAGCUUCUCCGGAAGCAUCCGCCGACGUACUUCGCGCUGACGCACGCCGUGACGGAGCCGGCGAAGCUCGCCGGAUACGACAUUCCGACGGACGCCAACGUCGAGUUCUUCCUGCCGGGGAUCUCCGACGACCCGAAGAUAUGGCCCGAACCGGACCGGUUCGACCCGGACCGGUUCUUCUCCGGUCGGGAGGAGGCCGACAUUACCGGCGUCUCCGGCGUGAAAAUGAUGCCGUUCGGCGUCGGCCGGCGGAUCUGCCCCGGGCUGGGGCUGGCGACGGUGCACGUGAGCCUGAUGCUGGCGAGGAUGGUGCAGGAAUUCGAGUGGUCGGCGGCGGCGGCGGCGCCGGUGGAUCUGAGCGAGAAGUUGGAGUUUACGGUGGUGAUGAAGAACAGCCUUAGGGCUAAGGUCACGCGGCGGUCGCCGCCGUCCGUACAAUAAUUAUUUAAUUAAUUAAUAAUUUAUUUGUAUUGAAUUCAAUUGCUGGUGGCUGUUUUAUUACGUCAAAUUAUAAUUGCUUGUGUUGUUAUUUUUUGAAAUUGCUGUUUGUUUGGGAAUUUAUUUUAUUUGUAAAAUUGUUGUAUUGGCUUUGCUUGGAAAGUAUUGUCGUAUCUAUUUAUGGUUUAUUUGCCA